CACUCCCCCUCACUCCCCCUACAAMUGCAUCUUGUGCUGUCCUACUUCAACUAGUGAGCUGCUGAUAUAGUAUCUCAUGCUUAAAAACGAUGUCUUUUAAAGUUGUUUUCGACUUGUUACUCAUCGCUGUUCUGCUUGGAUGUCUUAUCGGUAACGUGCUUAUUGUUGGAGCCAUAGCGAAAAGUAAUCGACUCCGUGAGCGCCCAGGAACUUUCAUAGUUUGUAGUUUAGCGCUUGUAGAUGGUUUGUUUAUGCCCAUUGGAAUCGUCUAUCWCUUACUAAACACACUUUCUAUUGGAUCAGAAGCCUGUAGAUUCUUUGCUACAUAUAUCACAAUCUUGACCUAUGURUCUAUCCUGCAUCUACUAUUGUUGAGUUUGGAUCGCUUUCUSGCUAUUGUACGCCCUUUUCGCUACGAAGUGUUGGUGACGCCUUUCAGAUGCGCCUACGUUCUAGUUGGCGCUUGGUUUYUGCCUGUGUUCUCUGUCUCUAUAGUCCCGUUGUUCAUUAAAAGUUAUGGAGAAGGACGGAGUUUUCGCGGUGGUUUACUUGGAUGUCAAAGCGAUUUGAAAUCUACAAACGAUACUUCGAUUUCUUCAGCCUCAAUAUCAUCAGCCCAGCAGAAACACGUUACRAUAAACUCCGUACUGAUGGUUAUCUGUCCGUUUAUUGCAAUCAUAGGAUUAAACAGUAAAAUAGCAUUUAUUUCUUACAAACAAGCCAACAAGAAUGUCUCCGCAAUCGUCCAAUUAACAGAAACAGAAAAACAAAAAAAAGAAAAACGCAGCAUGGAAAUGAAAUGGGCGAAAACAAUAGGGAUAGUGAUUGGCGCGUUUUCUGUGACGUAUAUCCCAUUGUUUGCAUGUGUAGCGGUGGAGUCUAGGAAGGGUCAAGGGACCAUUCCACAAUACGUGUUUAAGUUCUUUGAGUUUUUGAUCUUUUUAAACAGUGCUUUAAAUGCAAUCGUUUACUCAAUACGUUGCGAGGAAUACAGAAAUACCAUUAAAAAGAUCAUUAAAACUGCAAUGUCAAGUACAUUUGCUAAUUUUGGCUCAUUGCAAGUUGGCCCAGAAGUAAGUACAAUGACGCAAAACUCUGUAUUGAAUAGCACUAGUUUAUCAAUGGACAACAACGAUCAGCUACCGGAGGGUUCCUUCAACGACUCAGUUAUAACAAUAAAUGCAACAACAUGAACAGCAGCCGUCACGACAACAAUAAGAACAUUGCCAGCUUUUAGAAAGAAGAAAACUCUUGCUUCUGUAGUUUGAUUUUUAUAAAAAAACACUUGAAACUAUAAAUAAUAAUAUAUAGACUAGU